CUCCGCAAAAUCAGUGACAUAUCAGGAAAAACACUAGGAAAACAAGCAGGAGAGAAAAUGGGAAUCUUUGCAGCAGUAGGUGUGUUGCUCCCAUUCCCAUAUUACUACUGGUUAUGGACAAACCCACAGGCAUGGGUGAACCUAUGUGGGAAAUACAAGGACCCAUCAAAGGUGAUGGCCUAUGUUUCACAUUUCCUCAAGUUGUUGCAGUUCAUUUCUCUUUUUUCAGUUUCCACUCCCUCUUGGCCGCCGCCUCUCUACUUCUGGCCCCUCUUUGGCUUUGGUCAGUUCCUCAACUUCAGGGUAUACCAAUUGCUUGGUGAAGCUGGUACUUACUAUGGUGUACGCUUUGGGAAGAAUGUCCCCUGGGUUACAGAGUUCCCAUUCGGGGUUAUAAGAGAUCCACAGUAUGUUGGAAGCGUUCUGAGUCUUUUUGCAUGUCUAUCUUGGGUCCCUUUCCAAUACAUUCUCUUGUGGACUCUGGGCUAUGUGUUCAUGAUCCACCUGGAAUCAAAGGAGGAUCCAGCUACUCGAGCAAAACCAAUCUCUUGAUCACAAGUCUGACAACUCUACCAUGCAAUAAGAGAUUGGAUGGUUGGAAGAUGUUCUCUUUCUCAGCUCUUUAGUUUUAGUUGAAUAACAUCUUCAUUGUGAACCUCUUGGCCCUGUGUUUAUUUCAAAUCUUGAUGAUUAUUUGUUUUUUCUCAUUCUGAUUACUUUGGAGGUGCUUCCUUGUUUUCCAA